CAAUAAUUUUAUUGCUAGAGUACAUAUAACAAUUUAUUCUUAAAAAGUAGAAGCCAAAAACACAAUCCAUGACUAACUUAUUUGUAAAAUUUAAUAAUACAUAAACUCAGACAUAAUUGAAAUUCAUGACAAAGCUAUUCCUGGUUAUGAUGUCUCCAUGGUCGAUAGUCCAUGUUAUUCUGGAUUUUCUGAGAUGUUUGUUGCAAAAAUACUGGAAGAUAAAUGGAUUCAAUUUGAAAGUUUUCCGAUGGACUCAUGAUUUCGAUCCUAAUGCCGACUCCCCACUAAUCCCAGUUUGGAUAGGCCUUGAAGGCUUGCCUAUACAUCUGUUUGAUUCUCUAGCUUUAUAUUCAAUUGGGAAUUUGCUUGGCAAACCUCUGAAAACUGAUUCAGCAACAGCAACUCUUUCGAGGCCCUCUGUUGCCCGAAUCUGUGUGGAGAUAGAUACCAGCAAGGAUCUGCCUCGCUGUGUUUGGAUUCACCUGGGAGAACUCACUUUCCUUCAACCAAUAUCCUAUGAAGAUCUUCCUGACUACUGCCCCUCGUGCAAAUCUUUAGGCCACAAAAACUGUAAGAAAAAGAAUGAGAACUCUAGAUGGGUUAAAACAGAAGGAAGGUCUAGAACUGGCAGUCAACAAGCUGUAGUGUUUCCUAAGCCUGGAGUGACCCCAACAACAAACGAGGUUGUUUUGCAAACAAACCAGGGUGAAUCACGUGAUGAGUAUGCAACCGGGUCUGCUUCUGCUGCUGAAGCAGCAGACUCAUAUGGCGCUGCUCCUCCUAGAGUUGAAGACAUGGCCCUAGCUAAUGUGAGGGACUCUAUAGCUCAUGAGCCCCCUCUAAUUUCUACUGCUCUUGAAAUACCCCCAGCAACUAGCCUAAGGUCUGAUUCAGACCCUAUUGUUUGUGAAGACACAGAUUAUGUUAAGAAAGAUUCUGAAGCAACUCUUUCUAAGAGUUGUACAUCAGCUUGUCAUAAUGUUAACAUAGAUUCUGAUUCUUGUGAAGUAAUUCCUACUGCCAAUGGUCCAGAAACUUGUGGUAAUAGUGAGGUUAUAUUGGUUACUCAUACCAACGUCCAAGACGAUACCCUUAUACUGGAACCCAAUUCUCCUUUACUUUAUAACGAUGAACUCAGUCGCGGAGCACACAAUCUGUCUUCCAAGGCAGCAUUGGAAGGCACACAGACUGUUGACACUGAAAAUAAGGAAGAGUACAUUCCUGACCCUUCUCAAACCAACUUAAAUGAAUUUCCAGUCCUCACAAAAGAAUUGCUGGAAGCUACUAGUGGUGCACACACUCUUUCUCAUGAGAAAGAGAUGGAAGGCACACUAAGUCUUUCAUCUGCAGGAAAUGAUGAGAUUCCUUCUGAUCCUAUGGAAAACAAAAACUCCCCUCCGUUGACUAACGAUGCAGGUACCAACCCAUCAACAAUAGGACCGGUUCUUCAAUCCUUUGAGAUCGACGGACAACAAUAUGAAAUUAGGUCCUACAUUGAAGAAGGGGAGACAUCACAUCCAAGGGAGGAAACCAAUGACUUUCAAGAUGUCCAAAAUAGACGUACCAAAAAAGCAGGCAAGAGGCCAAAUGCACCAAGAACAAUCAAAACUAGAAGCUACGACCCAAACCUUGAAGUCGGGGCUGUUAGUGAGAUCACUAGAUACGGGCCUAGCCGAAAGUCAACAACUUUGGAAAAAAUUAUCACUACCGAAAGUUACUCCGGGCCCUUUUGGUAUGUCGGCCCUGUUGGCCCUAUUGGAACUGAUGGGAAGAAACCAAAGAAAGUAAUGCCUAGAAACCUUUCCCUUGAUCAGCAUCCCGGUUUUAUAAUUUGGGAAUGAUCACUUUUCACUCAAGUUUCUUUCCCUUUCAGCUUUUCUUUAUUUCAUGCAAUUUCAGAGGGGCUUUGGUCUAGUCCCCCCCUUCGUGUACUUUUCUUUUUUUCUUGUUUUCUUAAUAAAAAUUAUCCUUUCAU